GUUCUACAGAAGGCGAUGACUUCAUUAAAAGGGAAGAUGUCUCCAGCAGGCACUGUUUUUGAAGAAGUUCAUACCUACGUCUUGAAUCCAAAAUCUAUCACCAUGGGGCAGCUGUAUGGCGAGUUCGAUCUCAUGACACAUGAAUGGUAAGAGUUAGGAGACAUACCAUCAUAUUACACCAUACCAUACCAUACCAUACCAUAAAUAAAGUUAGUUUGGUUUAGGUUUGCCCGCUUAGUAACACUGGUCUACCAUGCCAUGCCAUGCCAUAUACCAUACCAUACCAUACCAUACCACGCCACACCAUACCACACUUUACCAUACCUUCUCAAAUUCAUUAAUAAUUCAUGAUAAUUCAGCCAAUGAUAAUCACCUAUUUGAUCACAAGAUGCCAUUUGGAUAACGUUCCAUUGCACUCUCCGCGAGUGCAAUGGAAUAAAACGUAUAGUACAAUUGCACUCUUUGUGUUUUCGAUAAAUCGCAUCACUCAAAAUGCUUCUUAUACGAAUCUAUUGUCUAUUUUGGUAUUAUAUAAAACAAAUAAUGAAUGUUUCUUCGUGCAAUGGUAAGAAUAUGUUCAUUCGGUGAAAGAUGGAAUGUUCCAUUCAACUCGGCUGUCGCCUCGUUGAAUGGAACAUUCCAUCUUUCACCUCAUGAAAAUAUUCUUGCCAUUGCACUCAUAAACAUUCAUUAUUUGUAUACUAUACCACACCAUACCAUACCAUACCAUACCAUACCGUACCGUACCAUACCAUACCACACCAUACCAUACCAUACCAUACCACACCAUACCACACCAUACCACACCACACCACACUGCACCACACCAUACCAUACCAUACCAUACCAUACCAUACCAUACCAUACCACACUCUUAUUUAUCUUCAUUUCUUUACCCUGAAGGACGGAUGGUAUUCUUUCUUCAAUGAUUCGUGAUGGUAGUGCCAGUUCAACCUCAGAUAAGAAAUGGUAUUUAUUUGAUGGACCUGUGGACGCCGUGUGGAUUGAGAACAUGAACACUGUCUUAGAUGAUAACAAAAAACUGUGUUUGACAAGCGGAGAAAUUAUUAAACUUACCGAGGUAUAGUCUGGUUUCCAUAUGGUCGUAACGGUCGUAAAGAUUGAGUCACGAUCUUUCUCAUCAGCCGAAAUACAACAUUUUAGAACUGAGAAUACGUGGAGUGAUUAUAACUAGAGAAUACUUAUGAUUUAUAUGUGGUUUACAGGUAUAAACUAUUAUAAACUGGCCGUUGAGAAAGAUCGUGACUCUAUUACACACGUAAGAACACACAAGUUGUAACAAACCUGCAGCAGACUUGUAGCAAUGCUGUUCCAUCAACUUGUCAACAGGAUGUGUUCGCACUGCUUGUUCCCAGCUUGUUGACAAUUUGCCACAAGGUUGUUGAGCUCAACAGACUUGUUACAAGUUGUUCUACAACUUGUUGUUGUCCUGCAAUUCAACAAUUUGUCAACAAGUUGUGAGUGACAACCUUGUAGCAACUUGAUAAAAUAACAGCAUUGUUACAACUUGUUGACAAGCUUGCUACAAGCCUGUUGCGAACACAUCUUGUUGACAAGUUGUGAAAUUUUUACGUGUAUACAUAUAAUGAAAUGAAUAAGCAUUAUUUUCUCAUUCUCAUCUUUGAACAAGCAUUUGCUGCACUCCAGUGCUUAGUAAAACCCGCCUGUCCUGACAUACAUAUGAAAUACAAGAUGUUCUUUCCUUACAGUCAAUGACAAUGAUGUUUGAAGUACAAGAUCUGGCCGUGGCGUCGCCAGCUACAGUCAGUCGUUGUGGCAUGGUUUAUUUGGAACCCAGUAUCCUUGGCCUUCAGCCGUUUGUUGACUGUUGGUUACGAAAACUACCAGACUCCGUGUUUGAUCACAGAGAUUCUUUCAAGUCUCUGUUUGAUAAAUUUUUGGAAGUAUGUAGAGUAUUUGUUUCUUCAUGUUCUGAAAUAAAUUUGUACUGGAUAGCUCAAUGAAUUCUGAACUGUUCUCGCUAGAGGUCCGGUAAGAGUCAUCUCUUAUUGACCCAGUGUUAUUACAGGAGGAAACCUAAACUAAACUAACUUUAUUCAUACUGGAUAGCUCUAUCAGUUCUAAACUGUUUUUCCUAGAUGUCCAGUAAGGAUCAUCUCUUAUUGAUCCAGUGUUACUACAGGAGGAAACCUAAACUAGAUUAACUUUAUUUAUACUGGAUAGUUCUAUCAGUUCUAAACUGUUUUUCCUAGAGGUCCAGUAAGAGUCAUCUCUUAUUGAUCCAGUGUUACUACAGGAGGAAACCUUUAUAUAUAAACCUGAUAGCUCUAUCAGUUCUAAACUGUUCACCCUUGAGGUCCAGUAAGAUCAUAUCUUAUCGAUCCAGCUAGUGUUACUACCGAAAGAAACCUAAACUAUAAUAACCUUAUUUAUACUGGAUAGCUCGGUCAGAUCUAAACUGUUCUUCCUUGAGGUCCAGUAAGAUCAUCUCUUAUUCAUCCAGUGUUACUAUAGGAGGAAACCUAAACUAAACUAACUUUGUUUAUACUGGAUAGCUCUAUCAGUUCUAAACUGUUCUCCCUAGAGGUCAAUGUACAAACCGCGGCAUGCCACCCAAAUUUGAUCCAAUUUUUAAGAUAUAAUAAUCAAAGCUACCACUAUUUUAGGUCAGCAUCAAAUUCUUGAGAAAACAGCUAAAAGAGUUCGUCCCAUCUGUGGACAGCAAUGUCUGCUUCAGUCUUAUGAACAUACUGGAUUCAUUCUUUGCUCCUUUUAAUCCACGCGAGGUAGGGACCUGAAUAUAAACUAUAAUAAUUGAAGUAUUAUUCAUGAAAUUAACAAGCUUUGAACAAUUAAAGUUUUUAAGUUCAUGAAGACGAGAUAUAAUUACAGAUACGUUUCACUUUUUGUAGUGAAGAUCUAAAGCUCUUUCUCUUCUUUAGGGUGUGACAAUACCACAAGAGAAUUUGGACCAACUUGAACAGUUGAUCGAACCCUGGUUCAUCUUUGCUUUGAUCUGGUCCGUUGGCGCGACCUGUGAUGGCGACAGUCGACAUAAGUUUAGCAAGUUCCUACGUGAGAAAAUGGAACAAGAAAAUGUA